CGGUAGGCCAUAUCGACGACGAGAAUCGCGAACUGGUUCGUUCGUGUGCACCAGAACGCAAAGUACAACAAGAUUUUUCGUUCCGUGUGACGUGAAAAGUGCACAUAAUAAUUGUUCAAAUUAGUUUAAGCCUACUUAACUAGACAAACCAAUAGCCAUGUCGUUUGCGGAAAAGAUAACGGGCCUGCUGGCACGGCCGAAUCAACAAGAUCCAAUUGGACCGGAGCAGCCCUGGUAUCUCAAAUAUGGCAGUCGACUGCUGGGCAUUGUGGCCGCCUUCUUUGCCAUACUCUUCGGCCUGUGGAAUGUGUUCUCCAUUCUCACACUCAGCGUUUCCUGCUUGGUGGCGGGCAUCAUACAAAUGGUGGCAGGAUUUGUGGUAAUGCUUCUUGAGGCGCCCUGCUGCUUCGUCUGCUUUGAGCAGGUGAACAUGAUCGCCGACAAGGUGGACUCCAAGCCCUUGUAUUUCCGGGCUGGACUCUAUAUUGCCAUGGCCAUUCCGCCCAUUAUCUUGUGCUUUGGACUGGCCAGCUUAUUUGGCAGUGGCCUGAUCAUGGGCACUGGCGUUGUCUACGGAAUGAUGGCGUUAGGCAAGAAAGCUUCUCGGGAGGACAUGGCCGUCGCUGCCACAUCGCCCACACAGAUGGCCGGCAGUCAGGCGGGCGGGCAGAUGCAGAUGGGCGGCGAUCAGCAUAUCACACUCAUGGAAGAUCCCGACGUCUGGCGCCCCACAUAAAUUUCUAGACGCGCGAUUAGUAACUGCCAAAAAAACCACAACUCUUACACACUCAGAUACAGCUAAAGAUAAAGAUACAGAUACUCAGAUACACCCACACACAACACAGUCCACUAGAAAUGCAAAAGAUGCAAGAAUUGAUCGAGUAACAAAUAUUUUACGGCGCCUAGUUUUUAGUGUUCGUUCCAAGGAAUAAUGUAACUAGGAGAAAAAUAAAAUCAAUACUAAAAAGCGUUGUAGGGCAUCAGAGAACUAGAAAACAGAACACCCCACCAAUUACAAAAAGAAAUUGAACGAAAUUCUCAUUAUUGUUGAAGUCGAGAGUGUUAGUAAUCAAAUCGUUUUUUGGGCAAAUGCAUUUUCGUCAUUCGUCCUUUUUGCAUGUCCUUCGUAUUCGUAUUCAAAUUUUUUUUUAUUCUUUCGUCGAGCGGUUGGUGUUGUUGAAAACUAAAGUUAAAUAUAUGCAUAGAGAAACUACUGAUAACAAUAACGUAACGUAACGUAAUACACAUGUGUCGAACUGCAGCAAGCAUAUAUUUUUAGUGAGAAACUAUAUUUGAAAGCUAACCGAAGGCAGGAUAAACCUAUAAGUAAACCACAGCUUCCACACACUCUCUCACACAGCUAAAGCUAAUAAAACGCCACUGAUGAUAUGAAAAAGUGAAAGUCGAGAACAUAGAGCAAUAUGUACAACUCAGAAAGUAUUAACUUUAUAUGCUUUGCUUUAAUGUAAACCAUACAAUUAAAUGUUAAAAGUUGUUUGAGAAUCGAUUUGCUCGCAAGAUAGUCACAUAUUGAAAUUGAACAUAAUCAGCAAAUAUAUACAAUUAUAUAUAUAUAUACAACAAGUUGAGGAUUUACCAGUUCUAUUUUUUAAAUGUUGUAAUCCAAAAGCGUGUCCAUUUCAAUUUGAAGCAUUCUUAGAAAUGAUUAAUUUUAGACAAUCAUUUAUUUAGGUUUUCUCUUUCGGAUUUCGUAUGAUUUCUCGUUUUCUAGAAAUAUGUGCAUUUUUUGGUAUACCUAAGUUAUUUAUAAGUAUUUAUUCCAACCUUUUUAACUUGGAAAGUCUGAGAAAAAUCGGUUUAAAUUAUUUAUAUUGUUGCCUUAUGGCUUGCUUCCCGCAAAAAAAGUAUUCCAAAAUUUGUUUAUUUAAAUAUAAGUUAUUUUAUUUUUUAUUUACCUUUUCUAUGUUAAACAUUAUUAAAAAAAAAAUACUCGCAAGCAACUGAGAAUCUCACCUGAUAAUAAUAAAUUUGUUAAAAUUUGUUAGUCAAUGAACGUAACGCUAAAAAUGAAAUCAUGUAAAAUAUUUCGUUAGCAAUUAAAAGCGCAUGAAUCAAGUAUCAAAGACUUUGAACAUGCCACAUGAAAACUGUCCAGAAACCUGCCGUUAAAGCCAAUUACAACCAAAGGCGGCCAACAGCGAUAAACAACAUAUGAUUUAUGCUAAUAACUUUGCUGCGUCCAAGAGAUCACUAAAG